GUGAGUGUAUGUAGACACCAAAACUCAGACACAAGAGUUGUGAAGCUGGUGAGGGUGGCGCUGAGAGGAGUUCCGUGGUUCAUGCAUAAACUGGUUUUUGAAUUUUGUAACGUAAAGAAAAGCCCUUUUGUUUGCUGUGCGUAAUAGGCAGUAAAGAUUCAAUGGCCAGCUCAGAGAAAUUGGUGCUGGGAGCAGCCGGAAAGAAAGCUACAACAGGGAGGAAAGUGCGCUCAGCUCCACGAAAUCGAAGAAGCCUAAAGGAUUUGUAUUCUGAUGACAGGAGUAACUCAAAAAACAAUGAUGUUUCAGAGGGAUCGAGUGGAAAACCCUCUGGCUCGACAGUGCAUGGGAAGAGGAGGUUAGACCCCACAGAAAGAGAUGAUGAUCAUGGAACUCGACAAAAGAUGGAUGGAAGUGAUCGUGAUCGUGAACAAGACCAUGAUGAGAAUCCUCUUGCAAUUACACUGUACAAGGGUGAAGAUGAUGAUCAUGGUACUCAACAAACGAUGGAUGUAAGUGAUCGUGAACAUGACCAUGACUACGACCACGGCCACGACCAUGAUGAUAAUCCUCUUGCAAUUGAACUGUACAAGGGUGAAGAUGUUGUUCAUGAUACUCGACCAAGGAUGGAUGAAAGUGAUCGUGAACAUGUCCAUGAUGAGAAUCCUCUUGCAAUUGAAUUGUACAAGGAUGAAGAUGAUCGGCAAAAACUGUCAGAGCUUACAGAGCUACAACGAGAAAUGAUACUAACAGAACGUGCAAUGGAGAGAAGUGAGCAAGAGUGGACCGAAAAUUUGGCAAAAUGGAAGGCCGAAUAUAGAAGAGGAAGCUGCUCUAGGCCACAUACUCGUGAAACACAGAAGAAAGCUGAAAGGGCUGGUGCAUUGGCUGAAUUAGCUAGACGAAGAAGUGAUAGAAAGUCUAACAGUCAAAUCUCAACGGUUAGUGGAGGCCCUUUAACUCUAGCAGUUUAUGGUAACCCCAGCGGGAGCGGAAGUGGCUCCCAUGGUGUCGAAGGAUCAUCGCGAAGAAAUGAGGGUGCCAGUCGACGUUCUAUCUGCAAAAACUCUGCUAUCAAUAAUAAACCGCUGACUCUGGCAAUCUGUGGUAGCACCAGCAGAAGCCAAAGUGGCGACCAUGAUGUCAACAGAGAACUGGCACUGAACGAUGGAACGGCAUCUGAGAGUGAUGAAGAGGACAUCUGGUCCAAGACUAAAGUGCCAACAUAUGAAAACAUUAGGGAUAUCACGAUUCAAAGGUCAACAUUGGAGAAAUGGUAUACAGAAACUUUCUUUGAAGAACUGAUUGUUGGUUGUUUUGUACGACUUGCAAUUGGGAACUCGUUGUCUGGACCUGUCUACAGGCUUUGUCCGGUUCGCAGGGUUGAUAGAAGAGGGCCCGAUAGUACAUACGAGUUUGAUAACAAAACCACAUACAAGUACCUGAAUGUGGUUUGGGGCCCGGAUUCUACUGCUACUAGCUGGCAGAUGAUAUCGGUUUCCAAUGCUUCUCCGACCAAGAAGGAGUUUGAUCAGUGGUUGAGGGAGGUAAAGCGAUUUGGAGGUUUUAUGCCAACAAAAGUUGAGGCACGGGAGAAGAGGUAUGCCAUUCAGCAAAGAAACUUCCUACUUGAAAAUCGUGCCAUUGUGCUGAUGGACAAAAAUUCCAUCGUUCAAGGACCAUCAAGUAUAGCAGCGGAGAAAGUUCGUCUACGGAGUGAAUUGGAAACGGUAGAUGAUGUGGUGGAGGUAGAGAGGAUCAAGGCCAGACUGCAAGAAUUGGAUGCAGCUCGAGCAACCGAACGGGAUGCAGAUGCCAAGGCAGUCAGGUUAGCAGAAAUGAAUAGAAGGAACAAGAUUGAGAAUUUAAGAAAUGCAUCCGAAAAGAAGCCAGUGAAUGCUAACCUGAAAGCCGGUGAACCUGGAUAUGAUCCGUUUUCUCGACGAUGGACUCGGUCAACAAAUUAUUUUCUUGCAAAGUCCAGUAGUGAAGGACAGAAAAAUGAUGAUGCAACUGCUGCAGUAGCUGAUAGCAGCAUAGGAGUUGCUGUUUCUGCUGAUCCAGGAGCAGGAACAGAAGCUGCCUCUGGUGCAAGCAAGUGGUCGGUGGAUACAAGUGUUCCAUCAGCUCAAGCGGAAGCUGUCUCUGGUGCGGGCAAGUCGGUGGGUACAAGUGCUCCAUCAGCUGAAACGGAAGCUGCAGCUGGUGCCGGCAAGUCAGUGGAUGCAAGUGCUCCAGUAGAGCAAGGAACUGACUCAUUCCAUAAUUUUGACUUGUCAAUCUCACUGGAUGCGCUUCAGAAGUUUGGCGGGCCUAAAGGAGUGAAGGCUGCAUUCAUGGCGAGGAAGCAGAGGAUUGAAGCGAACUUGGGGCGUAAAGUUCAAGAGGACGAUGGGCGGAAGCAUGAUCGAACCUUGACCGUCACCGAGUACAUGAAACGGAGGGGGUUGCUCUGAAUAUCUGUUGUUGGCUCAGGCUGUCUGUCUUGGGGCAUUGUUGUAUUUUUACAGUGUGUAAUAUGUUUGUCUAACUCUUUUUAAUCUGCUGUAUGUGUGGCGUUAUUAUUUAAUUAGAACAUUGGCAUGUGUUUCUAUUG